CGGUGGGCGUGCGGCCGGGGACGGGCGCUUGGCCGCGGGUCUGGCUGCCGGGGGCCGUCCUGUGGAGCCAGCCCGCUGCGGCCAGCUCCGGGUGUUCCCCUUUUGUCUGGCAGCAUCGGCAGCGUCGGCGCGAAGUGAAGUUCUGGAUGCGCGACUUCUGUGGCUUGUCUUGUAACAGGCGGCGUUAUUGCCCAUCUGUCGAAAACACCGACUUGCUGCGAGGCUUAACUCGGCCACAGCAUUUGCUUUUCUUAAAUGACAAAGCAGAGAUAUUAAUAUCAACUUUUAUUUUUGGCAUGCCGAGCUUUUUCCAGGGGGGUCUGCGUGUAAGUUCCCACUGAAAGGAGCUCUGCGUUUCAGCGGCAGCAGUCUCUGUUCCUGUUAGCGGCGUUGCUUUGGCCAAGGAUUCAGCAGCAGUAUCACUAAUUUCUGUGCGCAGGGUUCAAAUAUCUGACUCGGAAGACCCUGAAGCUAUGUGGGCUGUUUGAACCUGUCGCUAUCUGUUGGGUUUUUUUUUCUUAUUUCGAUAUUAUGGAGAAAAUUCCUUUUUUUUUUUUUUUUUAAAUUGGGGAUGCAGUUUAACUGCAAGAAAGUUCUUUGAGCUGAAACUGUGCAUCAUUUUGGUCUUCCUCUUAAUUUUUUAUCUCUAAUGGUGUCUUCCGAGUGUUUUUUAAUGUAAACCCAAAAUGUCUGACUGAAUCAAACUUUGUUUGAUGUUCCAUUUUGUAACUGUCAAGCCCGCUUCCAAAUUAGUAAAGCAAUUUUUAAUAUACUCAAGUGUUCAAGGAAUUUGCUUCUGCAGAUAGCAGCUUGUGUGUUUAACAUAAAUGAAAGGAAACGACACCUUGACUUAUUGAACCCCUUUCACCCUCCACAUGGUCAGCAAACCAUGAAUGUGUUCCCAUGGCAGUUUGCAGGUAGACAGAAGUGUUCAUUUUCUUUUUCCAAAAGAGGUGUUUGUGGCCAGCCUUGAACUGGAAGAGCCUAGAGCUGGGUCUGGCAUGGGGCUGAAUCAGAGCAAGCAGGCCAUGGUGAGCGGCUGGGAGCGUCUGUGUUAAUUUGCACCCCUUAUUCUGCUAAUGAGGCCAUGCUAUUUCAGGUUUGGAACAAGCUUAUCUGCCUACUCAGCACUAGCAGAGGGAGUGUCUACCUGUGAGAGACUAGAAAUAUCUCUAAUCUCAUUCCAUUAGUUUCCAAGUCCCACUCUCCAGCAAAGCUCCCUCGAAAAACGAGGCUGUUGCCUGUCCCUUUCGUGUUGCAUGAGGAUGACAGACUAAAGGUAGCUCGAAUUCUUUGGGGACAAAAUAUAUUUCUGGCUCCAUAGCUGAAACAGAUGAAUCCUUUCAUUUGAAGUUUUUCAGAAUAUGUUUCCCCCAUGUGGAAAAGUUCAGCCAGAACUUUGAAGGUUUGGCGAAGUUACAAGCAAGGAAGAUCUUUGAAUGGAACCAGUGUUGGGCAACUGUGUCCAGAAGUGAUCCUCAAGUCUUGGAUUUUUUUACUUGAGCUUUGUUUUGUGAUGGAGACAGUGUUGAAGUCUCGCUGUGAUGAACAGCACCCUCAUCAGGCUGAAGACUUCCACGGGAAGCAGGAGCAGAACGGCAAGCUUUCAGGAAUAAAAAAAGAUAUUGAAAAACUUUAUGAAGCAGUGCCACAGCUUGUGAAUGUGUUCAAAAUUAAGGAAAAAAUUGGAGAAGGUACUUUUAGUUCUGUUUACUUGGCCACAGCACGGCUACAAACAGGACAUGAGGAGAAAAUGGCUCUGAAACACUUGAUUCCAACCAGCCACCCUCUGCGAAUUGCUGCUGAACUUCAGUGCCUCACUGUAGCAGGGGGACAAGAUAACGUUAUGGGAGUUAAAUAUUGCUUUAGGAAAAAUGAUCAUGUGGUUAUUGUUAUGCCAUAUCUGGAACAUGAAUCCUUCUUGGACGUUUUGAAUUCUCUUUCCUUUGAAGAAGUGAGGGAAUACAUGUUUAAUCUGUUUAAAGCGUUGAGGCGCAUUCAUCACUUUGGUAUUGUUCACCGUGACGUCAAGCCCAGUAACUUCCUCUACAACAGGCAGCUAAAAGAGUAUGCCUUGGUAGAUUUUGGCUUGGCACAAGGAACCCCCGAUACGAAAAUUGAACUUCUCAAAACUGCCCACUCUGAAGAUCAGCAGGGAAGUUGCUCGCAAAAUAAUCCUGCCAUAACCUUGGGAAAUGGGGGUUCUGUCAGUGUCACAGCACCUAAACAGAUAGCUCAACAGUCAGCCUCAAAAGCAGCUGAUAAAAGGUCCAGCUCACUUUCAAAAAUACAGAUUAAACAAGGAAGAGGAGGAAAGGAGGAUUCUGUGCACCAUUCUGUCCAGCGCUCUGUCUUUGGAGAAAGGAAUUUCAAUGUCUAUAGUUCCAUGUACCAGGAGAACUCAAGUACAAAACUCACAAAACAAUCAAAGAUGAUAGAUGUUUCAUCUAGGAAGUUAGUAACAAAGAAGAAGAUUACUUCUACCAAAACAGUGAGCAAUGGGGCAGCCAGGAAAGCUGCCAGUGGUUGUCCCUCAAACCUGACCUGUGACUGUUAUGCAACGGAUAGAGUUUGCAGUGUUUGCCUUUCAAGGUGUCAGCAAGUUGCUCCCAGGGCAGGAACACCUGGAUUCAGAGCACCAGAAGUAUUAACAAAGUGCCCCACUCAGACCACAGCAAUUGACAUGUGGUCUGCAGGAAUCAUAUUCCUUUCUCUGCUCAGUGGACGGUAUCCAUUUUACAAAGCAAGUGAUGAUUUAACUGCUUUGGCACAAAUCAUGACAGUUCGUGGAUCCAGAGAAACCAUUCAGGCUGCUAAAACUUUUGGUAAAUCAGUUCUGUGUACCCAAGUUGUCCCAGCACAAAACUUAAGAACCCUCUGUGAGAAGUUGAGAGGAACAAAUAGCAGCUGUAAGAGAUCCCAGGGUGAAGUGCCCAGCAAGUCUGUAAAUGACUCAGCUUUGCCAGUUCCAGUAGACAAACCAUGUGCUCCCGAGACACUUGGGAAACAAAUUCAACACUUAAAGAGCUUUCAGGAAGGUGACGAUGCUUUGGAAAUGAAGGCAACAGACAUGAAAGGAUGGGAUCAGGUUCCUGAUGAAGCAUAUGACCUACUUGAUAAGCUACUAGACUUAAACCCUGCAACAAGAAUAACUGCAAAAGAGGCUUUGCUGCAUCCUUUUUUUAAAGACAUGAGACUCUGAGAAGAGACCAUAUUCUAUUAUUGCUUUCAUACAUUUUAUGUGGAAAUGAGAUACUGAGGUAGUUUUACCUUGUUGCCCUCAACAUUUACACUCAUUGAAAUACCAUCAUACUGUGCACAGAACUACUGAAAUUUUUUCUUGUACAGUUGGACAGCCAAUGUCAGUUUACUUUAAGAAAUACUUGGAGAUGUAAAAAUUACAUAAACAUCACUAACAUGGUCUUAUUCUAAGACACUUCUGAGGGUUUAUUGCUGUGCAUACCUGUUCUCUGAGAAAGUUAACUUUGAUCAAAAACUACAAAGAAAAAGAGUUUCACGAGCUCUAUCCUUAAUUCUCGAGAUAUUCCCUUAAAAUUUACAAAUUUGCCUUAAGGUAUGACUGAAAUAAGAAAGUGCUUGAGAGACUUUUUUCUGUACUUGCAUAUCUCUGCUUUGUUCCCAAUUAGUACAUGGGGGACUGAAAAUGGAACAAAGUGUGUUAAUUUCAUUCAGAGUAUUUUCAGAGAACAGUAUUACUUUGGGAGUGUUGCUAGAGGAGGGGCCAGGUGCUGGAGGUUAUAUCAUCAAAAGAAAAGCAUAACUGUUUUAAAAGUACGUUUUUGUUCCAGUCUGGUCUUUCCUACUUAGGCAAUAGUAAUAAAUGCAGUUACUCAUUUUGCAUAGCCCGUGUUUCCUCAGUGUCAUGGGUAACAGUCAAUAUUCAACAGCUACUGCCUUCAGAAUGUCUUGUGUGACACGCAUAGGUUUGAUUUCUGUUACGGAAACUGAUCUUUUUAAAGAGUAUCUGUUAAAUAAAGAAUUUGUUUUUAUAACUUCAUAAGAUUGUCUAGAGAUGCUUCUAUAAAAAUAAGUCAGGUAAGGUUUUCCUGUGGGAUGUUUCUGUUCAGGAAGAAUUAUGCACAUUUGUUUCCUGCAUAAAUUCCUCAGUAAUAGAAAACA